UUUUGUUGUGGCUGACAGAGAGAGCAAUUUAGCUUUAUUUAUGUAUCAACCAGAGUCCAGAGAAAGUCUGGGUGGUCAAAAGCUAAUUAGAAAGGCGGAUUUCCAUCUGGGACAAAAAGUAAACACUUUCUUUCGCAUUAGAGUCACCGAUCCUGCAAAUGAUAAGAAACAGUUUUCCGGUCCUGAUAAAAGAUAUGUCACUAUGUACGCAUCGUUGGACGGCAGUCUUGGUUACACUCUGCCAGUACCAGAGAAAACAUAUCGGAGAUUACUUAUAUUACAAAAUAUGGUCAUGCAUAUCUGUCAUAUUGCGGGCUUAAAUCCGAAAGCUUAUCGCACGUACAAAAGUUACAUACGAAAUCAAGGGAAUCCGGCGAAAGGUCAUCAUUGACGGUGAUUUGGUGUGACGUUAUCUUUUCUUACCCAA